CUGUCCUCCUUCUCUUCCAGGCGUCCUCUUUGUCCCUGGAGACGGUCACCGCCAAGCCUCUGGCCGGCGAGCCCCGGGCGGCCGGGGAGAGCCCAGGGACGGGCAGUGCUGCCCCGGACGUCAGCCAGCGGACGGCUUUGGAUGUGGAAGGCGUGGACGCUGGAGCCACAAGCAUGAGCCAUGAGCCGAAGUCGCCGUCCCUAGGAAUGCUCUCCACUGCCACCCGCACCACCGCCACCGUCAGCCCCCUCACCCCGUCCCCCCUCAACGGCUCCAUCGUCCCCAAUGGCAGCCCUGCAGCCAGCAGCACUUUGUCCGUCCAGGCAGCACCUUCCUCCAGCUUCGCCGCCGCUCUCCGCAAGCUCGCCAAGCAAGCCGAGGAGCCCCGAGGGUCCUCACUAAGCAGCGAGUCGUCCCCAGUCUCCUCGCCAGCCACCAACCACAGCUCCCCUGCCAGCACCCCCAAACGUGGCCCCAUGGGCCCCAUCAUCGUGCCCCCGGGGGGGCACAGCGUGCCCAGCACGCCGCCCGUCGUCACCAUCGCCCCAACCAAGACGGUCAACGGGGUCUGGAGGAGCGAGGGCAGACAGCAGGAAGCAGGGUCACGAGGCAGCAGCAGCAGCGCCGGCCGCGAGCGCCUCAUCUCGGAGCCCCCACUCACACAGGAGAAAGCAGGGGGUCCCACCGUCCCCUCCCACCUCCUGGGGACACCCUACUCCUUCGGGCUGCCCCCCAGCUCCGUGGUCCAGGACUCCCGCUUCCCACCUCUCAACCUGCAGCGGCCGGUCCACCACGUGGUGCCUCCCAGCGCAGUCACCGAGGAUUACCUGCGGAGCUUCCGUCCCUACCACACGGCCGAGGACCUCCGCAUGUCCUCCCUGCCGCCCCUCGGCCUCGACCCGGCCACCGCCGCCGCCUACUACCACCCCAGCUACCUUACACAUCACCCCUUCCCACAUCCUGCCUUCAGGAUGGACGAGUCUUACUGCCUGUCGGCACUGCGGUCUCCCUUCUACCCGCUGCCAGCGCCGGGCUCGCUGCCACCCCUGCACCCCUCGGCCAUGCACCUGCACCUCUCGGGGGUGCGGUACCCCCCCGAGCUCUCCCACUCCUCCCUCUCCGCCCUCCAGUCCGAGCGCAUCUCCAGCCUCGCUGCCGAGAGGCUGCAAAUGGAUGAAGAGCUGCGGCAGCGGGAGCGGGAACGGGAACGGGAGCGGGAGAAGGAGCGGGAGCGAGAAGCCGACCGGGAGCGGGAGAAGGAGCGGGAACGGGAGCGGGAACGUGAAAAGGAGCUGGAACGCGAGCGGGAAAAGGAGCGGGAGCGGGAGCUGGAGAGGCAGCGGGAGCGUGCCCGGGAGAAGGAGCUGAGCAUGGUGAAAGCCAUGGAGGGGCCCUUCCUCCCCGUGGCAGAGCUGCACGGGCUGCGGGGGCACCCGGCCGAGGAGCGGGGCAAACCAGUGGAGCCGCUGGCACCCGGCAGACCAGACAAACUCAAGGACUCGGUACUGCCGACGCCGAAGCCCAUCCAGCACCCCCUGCACCCACCACCGGGCUCCCACCACCCAGUUCCCAGCCUCAUCCCCAACCACAGCGUGUUCCCACUGCCAGGGAGCAGUGCGGCCACGGCGCUGCUCAUCCACCGCACCAACGAGGAGGAGAAGUGGCUGGCCCGGCAGCGCCGGCUGCGCCAGGAGAAGGAGGAUCGGCAGUCCCAAGUCUCGGAGUUCCGGCAACAAGUACUGGAGCAGCACCUGGACAUGGGGCGUGUCCCAAGCCAGCCUGAGCCCGAGCACCGGCCUGAGCAUCCCAGGACCGGAUCAAGCCGCCACGAGCCAAGCAGCCGGGAGCCAGGGCAGCACUUCGGUGGGCCCCCACCACUCAUCUCCCCCAAACCUCAGCACCACCCUGUCACCACAUCCCUCUGGAACCCCGUCUCGCUGAUGGAGAACCCCCCUGAUCCCCCGCGGCGCCUCCCUGAGCCCCAUGCCCUCCACAGCCACCCGUCCCCCUUCGAGCCUAGCCGUCAGGGCAUCCCGCUGGUGAAGGUGGAGAGGGUCUUCUGCCCCGAGAAGCUGGAGGAGGGGGCAAGGAAGAGGGAUGUUCUGGAGAAAUAUCCCCCGGGACGGGAGCCCGGUGCCCCAGAGCACGGGGGCUUCACCCACACCCCCUUCCUAGCUGAGCUGGAAAAGUCCACUCAGAGCAUCCUGAGCCAGCAGAGACCCCCGGCCACCCCCUUCCCUGAGGCCACCAAGCCCAGCUCGCCCUACCGGCCCCCCCAGCCCCGCGCCCAGGACCCCAUGUACAUCUACGACGAGUUCGUGCAGCAGCACCGCAGGCUGGUCAGCAAACUGGACCUGGAGGAGCGCCGGCGGCGGGAGGCCCGGGAGAAAGGGUACUACUACGACCUGGACGACUCCUGUGACGACAGCGAUGAGGAGGAGGUGCGGGCCCAUCUCCGCUGUGUGGCCGAGCAGCCCCCGCUGAAGCUGGACACGUCCUCUGAGAAGCUGGAGUUCCUGCAGCUCUUCGGCCUCACCACGCAGCAGCAGAAGGAGGAACUGCUGAGCCAGAAGCGGCGCAAACGCCGGCGGAUGCUGCGGGAGCGGAGCCCUUCGCCGCCCACGGUGCAGAACAAGCGCCGCACGCCCUCCCCGCACCUCCCGCUCUCCACCCGCUACAGCCCCGACGAGAUGAACAACAGCCCCAACUUCGAGGAGAAGAAGCGCUUCCUCACCAUCUUCAACCUCACGCACAUCAGCGCCGAGAAGAGGAAAGCUUCCCAUGCCGCAGACAAGGAGAAGCUGGUGGAGAUGCUCCAGGCCAUGAAGCAGAAGACCACACCGGCUGCUGUGGUGGUGAAGAGCUCCCCGCGGGACAGCCCUAAUGCCCUGACCACUGAGCCACCGGUGCCGCCGCUGCUGCUGGAUCCGGAUAAACCCGUGGGCAUUGCUGUCUCCGUGCCGGAGGUGCCAAAGACGGGGGAGUCUGGCAGGUUAGACCAGCUGAGACCCCAGGACCUACCGAGAGCCAAGGAGUUGGGCACUGCACUGGCGGAGAAGCCCCGGCUGAGCGAUGGGCACCCCGGGAAGAAGGCACUGAGCAUCCUCAGCUAUGUCAGGGGUCCCCUGCCCAAGGACAUCCCGGUGCCACUGUCCCACAGCAUGAACGGCAAGAGCAAGCCCUGGGAGCCCUUCAUUGCCGAGGAGUUUGCCCAUCAGUUCCACGAGUCAGUGCUGCAGUCCACGCAGAAGGCAUUGCAGAAGCACAAAGGGGGGACGGCGGCGCUGACGGCGGAGCAGAACCACAAGCUUGACGCCUCCAUCCACUACAACAUCCCAGAGCUCCAGGCGUCCACCCGCCUGGCCGGGCCCCCCCACAACGGCACGGCCGAGGGGCCCCUGGCCCACCGGGCACUGCCCCCACUGCCCCGUGACUCGGCCUCCGAGGAAGAGGACGAGGAGGAGGAGGAGGAGGAAGAGGAGGAAGACUACCCCAGGCCCAAGUGGCAAGGGAUCGAGGCAAUUUUUGAAGCUUACCAGGAACAUAUAGAAGAACAAAACCUGGAGCGCCAAGUGCUGCAGACGCAGUGCCGGCGGCUGGAGGCCCAGCACUACAGCCUGAGCCUGACGGCGGAGCAGCUGUCGCACAGCAUGGCGGAGCUGAGGACCCAGAAGCAGAAGAUGGUGUCGGAGCGGGAACGCCUGCAAGCCGAGCUGGAUCACCUGCGGAAGUGCCUUGCCUUGCCUGCAAUGCAGUGGUCUAGGGGUUAUUUCAAGGGGUAUCCCAGGUGACGCUCCUUGGGCCAGGCCGAACAUAUAGUCUAGAAAUAAUAAUCUAUUUUAUUACCUUGAAUAUUUAAUAUUUUUCACUGGGAGGUUUGAAGCUAAAAAAAUAAAAUUGAAAAAAAAAAAAAAAAGAACAUUAAUAAUAAAAAAAAAAAAAAAAAAAGAAGAAAUAAAUAAAUAAAUAAACGGAGAAUGUGCCAUGCAUGAAGCAAAGGAGCACGGGAGCCGGGGAGCCCAUCCCACGGCCAGCAGCCCCCAGCCUGUCCCCUCCUCUGGGGAGGGCCACGGCGCUGCAGCCCCCCCCCCUCCACCCACCCACACUUUAUAACGCU